AUGGCUAAAAUCCACCAGGUACGAGUACUGCCCGAGCAUCGAGACGCCCUGCGCUUCCUGUGGUGGACAGACGGCCAACUAUCGGCUGACCAGGUCACUUACUGGAUGAAGGUACAUCUCUUCGGGGAAGUGUGGAGCCCAUCAUGUGCUGGAUACGCACUACGACGAAAAUUCCAAGACGACGGGCAAAGGCUCCAUGAAGAAAUUAAGAAAGCAAGUCGUAACUUUUAUGUCGAUGAUCUGCUUCUUUCAGUAGCAUCACCAGGGAAGCCGGCGAUAGUCACUCACCAACUGAGGCAGUUGAUGAAGAAAGGCGGGUUCAGACUUACAAAAUGGAUCUGCAACCACAAAGGGGUCCUCAGAGCAGUCCCACAAACGGAAAGAGCCAUGGAAGUGAAAGAAGUACUUUUGAAGGAUGACAGGCUCCCAACUGAGCAAGCAUUGGGAAUCAUGUGGGAUCUAGAGAAUGACGAACUUGCAGUUCGCAUCCAGAUCCCAACGAAGCCACAAACGAAGCAAGGUCUCCUGAGCAUGGUCAGCUCCAUAUAA